CUGACCGUCUACCGUAGUCGAGCAUCUCCGCCGUCGAUUCUCUCACAAAAACAUGGAAAUUCGUUUUGAAAAUAAGAGGGCCCUUGUGACUGGUGCAGGAAAAGGAAUUGGCAGAGGAAUUGCAGUAGCACUAGCAAAAUGUGGAGCUUCAGUUACUGCUCUAACGCGAUCCCAGGCUGAUUUAGAUUCAUUGAAGAAGGAGGUGCCUGGUAUUGAGACAAUUUGCUUGGAUGUUCAUGACUGGGAUAAAACAAAUGAAGUGCUGUCACCCUUGCCUCCGUUCGAUCUCCUGGUAAACAGCGCUGGUGUAUCCAGUGGAGAAACAUGCCUCGAGGUAUCUGCCGAAGCCUAUGACAAUGUUAUGAUGAUAAAUCACCGAUCAAUCCUUCAAAUCACAAAGAUUAUAGCAAAAGGAAUGAUUGCAAAAGGAUGUGGUGGAUCUAUUGUGAACCUCUCUAGUAUUGCCAGUUUACAGGGACUCACAAACCAUGCUGUUUAUGCUUCAAGCAAAGGGGCUUUGGAUUCAUACACAAAGGUUGCCGCUUUAGAAUUUGCCAGACACAAGAUCCGAGUGAACUGUGUGAAUCCAACCGUGGUACUUACACCAAUGUCCAGGAAGUACUGGUCUCAAGAGGAAAAGAAGGCCGCUAUGAUGAGCAGAAUACCUCUGGGUAGAUUCUUGGAAAUUGAAGAUGUGGUUGAUCCAGUUCUGUUCUUACUUAGCGACAAGAGUGCAAUGAUCAAUGGUAUCACCAUGCCGAUUGACGGGGGUGCUUCAGCGACGUUAAUCUAGGGUAUGAAAUCACCUCAAUGAAUAACUGAAUGAAAAUAUUCCAUUUUGAUAUAUAUGUGGGAAAGUAUACCAGUGAUCUACCUCCAAAUUACAUUUUAUGUUGGGAAGAAUGCUUUGAUAUUUGAACAUUUUUUUUAUCUGCUU